AUGUCUUCUAUGCUGUCAAACACCUCUGUAAAUUCAUCCUUUGUUCGUCCAGCGACUUUCUUCAUCAAUGGCUUUUCUAAUAUACCACAUGCAAAGUACUACUAUGUGUUUUUGUCUGUUGCGUAUGUGGUGACCAUUUUGGGAAAUUCUUUUAUCAUGUCCACCAUCUAUUUGGCUCGCAGGCUGCACACGGCCAAAUACAUUGCUGUUUUCAAUUUGGCUCUUUCUGAUCUGUGUGGAAACUCGGCUUUGAUUCCCAAAGUCAUUGACAUGUUUUUGUUCGAUCACCAGGACAUUUUGUACGAUACCUGUUUGGUGAAUAUGUUUUUUGUAUUUCAUUUCAUGAACAUGCAGUCUUUAACACUUCUCGUUUUGGCUUUUGACAGACUGAUCGCUAUUUGUUUUCCUCUAAGAUAUCAUGCCAUUGUAACUAAAUCAGUCAUGUUUCUGAUCAUAGCAGUUAUGUGGAUGUUUUCUGUGACUAUGUUUGCCAUCCUUGUAGGUUUGCUCACUAGACUCUCAUUUUGUAGAUCCACUGUGGUCGAUAGUUAUUUCUGUGAUCAUGGUCCUAUCUAUAGACUAGCUUGUAAUGAUAAUUACAUAAAUAAAAUUUGGGCUAAUAUUUGCUUUGGUCUCCUGAUUUGCUUUCCACUUUUGCUAGUAAUCAUCUCAUAUUUUUGCAUCGGUUUGGCUUUAUCUAAGAUUGCACACGGUGUGGAGCGGAUCAAAGCCAUGAAAACCUGUUCAUCCCAUCUCUUGUUGGUGGCUAUUUUUUAUCUUCCAGUUAUAAGUCUUAAUAUUGCAGCUUUAACAGCAUCUCUCCAUCCGAACGCCCGCAUAAUUAACAAUUCCCUCUCGCAGAUAAUACCACCCAUGCUGAAUCCCAUCAUAUACACUUUAAAGACAGACGAGGUCAUGCAAUCCAUAAAAGAACUGUACAAACGAAACAAGGUGAACCUUAUGAUGAAAAGAAAUGUCAAACACAUUGGGGGAAAUUAUUCAUAA